AUGUCUGGCAAGGCCGAACGCCUCAAGGAUGAGGGUUCCCGCCUUCAGGUGACAGCCGCCGGCGCAACGGCCGGCUUGAUCUCUCGUUUCGUCAUCGCCCCCCUCGACGUCGUCAAGAUCCGCCUCCAGCUGCAACACCACUCCCUCUCGGACCCGCUCAUCCACCAGCGCGGUGCCGAAAUCAUCGGCGGCGGGCCCGUCUACAAGGGCACCCUCCCUACAAUCCGACACAUUCUGCGCACCGAAGGUCUCACAGGUCUCUGGAAGGGCAACAUCCCCGCCGAGCUUCUCUACGUCUCGUACGCCGCCGUUCAAUUCACCACCUACCGCUCCAUCACCCAGUUUCUUCAAGCCGCUUUCCCCAAAGACCAAAACAAACACCUGCCCCCAUCAGUCGAGUCCUUCAUAGCCGGCGCCUCAGCCGGUGGCGUCGCCACGGCAGUUACCUACCCCCUCGAUUUACUACGUACCCGCUUCGCCGCGCAAGGCGUCGAGCGCGUCUACCCUUCUCUUCUUCAAGCGCUCAAAACCAUUUACGUCUCUGAAGGCGUCACCGGUUACUUCCGCGGCCUUGGGCCCGGGUUGGCGCAAAUCAUCCCUUACAUGGGCACGUUCUUCUGCGUGUACGAAACCCUUCGGCCCCGGCUCUCCCAGCUUGAGCUGCCCUACAGCUCGGGUAGCGCAGUGGCAGGCGUGUUGGCGAGCGUGAUGGCCAAGACAGGCACAUUUCCGUUGGACUUGGUGAGGAAGAGGAUCCAAGUGCAGGGACCGACGAGGGGAAUGUAUGUGCAUAAGAACAUACCCGUUUAUGACGGGAGGAUGGUGAAGACGGUAGCGACGAUUGUGAGGAGAGAGGGGGUGAGGGGAUUGUAUAGGGGACUGACGGUCAGCUUGGUCAAGGCAGCGCCAGCGAGCGCAGUUACAAUGUGGACUUAUGAGCGGGCGUUGAAGUUGUAUAUCAGGCUUGGAGAGGCGGGGUCGGGGCGGAAGGAGGGGGUAUAAUUUCAAAUAACAACGACGGUUUUGUGAGUUUUUAGCUGGUAGAUAAGCGAGGCGCUAUAGGUGCCUAGAUAGACAG